AUGACCGUUCGGCCAGAAGCACAUCGGGACGUCGCUAUCAAGACUAUCAAGCGGAGCGGUCUGAAUCAGAAACUGCUGGAUUACUUACAGAGCGAGAUAGACAUCGUCAAAGGCACACCCCGUCACAUCACGAAGCUUAUUGACAUCAUCAAUGCGGAACACAACAUCUUUCUGAUUAUGGAGUACUGCGCCGGGGACGAUUUGAAAAACUACAUGCGCAAGCGGGGUAGAGUCGAGGGACUGGAGUGCAUCCGAGGUCCAGGUAUGCCUCCACAGUACUACCCUUACCCGCGGACAUGUGGAUUGGAUGGGAUCGUCGUCCGUAGUUUCUUGAGACAACUCGAGCUCACCCGGCGCCUGCUCAAGCGCGAGGUUAUCGAGCGCUGUAAUUUCGAGGAGUUCUUCGGGAGCACCGCGCUCGCGAAGUCGAAAUUUCCACGCCCGUCCAAGACACGCUCGUCUUUGUCGUCUGUGCAUACUAGGCGGACUCAGUCGGAUGAACCAUGGCCGAGCGAGGAGACUGUCCAGCCUACGUCCACAGCUGAGGCCGAUCGUCAGAUUCCUGUGGAAGUGUUGGAUCCCAAGGUCUUCUUCCCUCCCAAGAUCAGCGGCUUGAGACGUAACCCUCUGCCUGCACAGAAGCGCCGAUCGCAGAGCGCCGCUUUCGCCUCUGGUUGA